GAACAAAGCAAAAAAACAAAAAAGAAGAAAAAAAGUAUGGCAAAUAUAAGCUUCCAAGUCUCCGUCUUCGCUUUUUGUACAAGCAUUAGCCUUCUUCUCAUGGCAACCCAAAGCCAAGGCCAUCUUGGGUUUGACAAACAUGUGCCCCUUUUCUUCUUUGGUGAUUCAUACUUUGAUGCCGGGAAUAACAACUAUAUCAACACUACUCUGCGGGCAAAUUAUUGGCCAUACGGUGAAACUUUCUUCAAGUACCCGACGGGUCGAUUUUCGGACGGUCGUCUAAUUUCAGAUUUUAUUGCUGAGUAUGCAGAGUUGCCAUUUAUUCCACCGUAUCUACAACCCGGUAGUCAACAAUUUACAUAUGGAGCAAACUUUGCAUCUGCAGGAGCUGGUGCUCUGGUUGAAACUAGCCAAGGUUUGGUGAUAGACCUUCAUUCUCAACUCUCAUAUUUCAAAAGGGUCAAGAGGUUGCUGAGGCAGAAACUAGGGGAUGAAAAAGCCAAGGCUCUGCUCUCAAGAGCCGUUUACUUGUUUAGCGUCGGAGGCAACGAUUAUAGUUUCCCAUUCGAGACAAACUCCAGCGUGCUUCGAUCCUACUCUCAUGAGGAUUUUGUAGGCCUGGUGAUAGCCAACAUCACUGCAGUAAUCAAAGAAAUAUAUAGGGAAGGAGGAAGGAAUUUUGGGUUUCUUGGCCUUGAUCCUCUUGGUUGUUUACCAUAUUCAAGAGCAAUUGUGCAGGGAGAAAGUGGUGCCUGCUUUGAAGAAAUUACACCAUACGUAAAACUACACAACAAAGCAAUUUCCGAACUCCUGCAGAAGCUAGAGAGUGAGCUCAAGGGAUUCAGAUACUCACUUUCCCAAAUUUACGAGUUUUUAAUAGAAAGAAUAAAUCACCCCUCUAAAUAUGGUUUUGAGGAAGGGAAAGUGGCAUGCUGUGGAAGUGGUCCAUAUGGAGGCAUUUAUAGCUGUGGAGGGAAGAGAGAGGUGAAAGAGUAUGACCUGUGUCAUAAUGCUAGUGAAUAUGUCUUCUUUGACUCUGGUCAUCCAACUGAAAGGGUCUUUCAGCAGUUUGCCAAGCAAUUCUGGAGUGGAACUUCCAAUUCCACUACGUCUUACAAUCUGAAAGCACUAUUUGAAACGUAACGUAUGAGAAUAUUGUUUAUUUAUUUAGGGUCUUAGACCAAUUUUGCCCCCAUAUGUAGUGAGAAAUGUUUGCUCAUUGUUCUACCAAACCAGUGCGUGUAUGGUUACAUAUGAGUGUUUAGUAUUGUAAAUUUAUAACAAAUUUUUUUGUAUGUGACGUGGGCAAUAAUACAGUGGGUUACACAUUUAUGGGUGUGAAAUGUUUUUGGAGAUUA